UUGGCCAGACGCUUCCGCGGGGCCUUGGGGCAUCCGCGGUAGUUGGCUGUGUGGCCCUGCUUUUGGCAGAGCACACAGCUCGGAGGUUCGGUCGCGGUCUCUUUGACCCGCGAACAGUCGGCUGUCGCGUGGUCUCCGAGGCACUUUACGCACCGUGGACGCGCGUGGCAGUUGCGCGCGGAGUGGCCGUAAAGCUGGCAGCGGUGGCACUGCCCGGGAGUGCCUUUUCUAUAUGGGGCCUCGACGGUGACCCCGGAUAAGCCGCAAACGGUGCGGAGGCUUGAGGCAAUCCGUUUGCCUUCGGCGGUUGGUUCUAACGCGACGAGAACCAUAUUAUAUGCGAAUUUAUCGCGCCCGCUGUGCAUUCGGUGCACGCUUACAAUCGGGUACGCCUGCCCGAUGAGGUCCUCCUUGACCAGCUCGACGUCGAGCUCCUUCGGUACUCCGCGUAUUACUACGCGGAGCUCGCGAUCCUCCUGGAGCGCAUAAGUGUGGAAGCUUAUGCGUUCCUUUCGGAGGUGGGCUGUCAGCGCCCUCUGGUCGUCCGGUGAGGCCGUUUUUAUCUGUAUACCAUGCGCGAUGUUACGCGCAUGAAUGACGGUGACGUUUUGUGCCUUACAGGCACGGGAUACGCGAUCCCACGCGGUCUUAUCUUGCAAAAUUACCGGCGGCGGCGCGGGAAUUUUGCGGACGGACGCGGGUUUCGGCGACGGAGUUGCGCGGCGAGGGGAGUCGGGUGUGACCACGACUUUAGGACGCGACGCGUUCGCGGCCUUAGACUGUUUUGGCGCCGUGGACGGUUCCACGGCACGGGCGCGUUUUUUGCCGCGCGUGACGGUUUGGAACCCAUCCGAGGGUCCGGGUUCGGGGCUGGCGGCCGACUCGAACUCCAUUUCCGACUCGGAGUCGGAGCCGGAGAUCGAUGCCGCGCAUGACGCGAUCGACGCGGGCGCGGGGGUGGGGGGCGACAUCGGUGAGUCGGGGAUAGUCGCGGCUACUAGGCUAGCUUUGUACGCCCUAAACUUCGACAUAAUGUCCGGGCAGUACUCUCGAACGAAUUUCGCGAACAACGCGGGGUUAUCGUCUUCUUCCAUCGUAGUUUUGCCCGGGGGGGGCGUCCCCGGGACUUAAGGCACACUCGCCGAAAGGCGAGUCCCCUGAGUAGGAGUUCACCCCUUGUGCUUUACCAGCAACAAAGGGGGGGAGUGCCUUUGCCGUGAAAACGGCAGUUGGCUGGGGAUUGGGGUGGAGUUUGGAAGGUGGGGCCCCACUGGGUUGUGAGUGCCACAACAAGCGGUGAUCGCAGUGGGGGUUCAGUCUUUAAAAAGACUAUUUUGCUCGCCGAAUAAUAUAAAUAAAUUUAAUAAUAUGAUAUGCGUGAAAUGAUAGUGAGGAUGUCGUUUCGAAUGCACAAUCAACAAGUUCGAAUUGUUUUUACGAUCCAAGGUCGCGACGCCAGCGACAAUGCGUCAAGAAUUCACAACAAUGCCGCGAUCGGUGCGACAACGACAAUGCAGUGAAACUCAGGACACAAGAUCGCGACGGCAGCGACAAUUUUUCGUAAGAACGCGUCCGGACUGUACGGCGAUGCAAUCG